AUGGAGGAAGCCCUGUCUAUUCUCUUUGAUAAGAAAAGUGAAAGAGACAGAGUUAAUAAAAUGGUUGAUGAAGGCUACAACAUAAAUGACCUGAUGAAACUAUGGGCCAAUGUUGUGGAGGUGAUUAUGAGAGAACGCGGUGUUUUAGUUUUGCCAGAGACUGCUUGUGGGUGUGGGGUUUGUGUGAUGUUCUUAUCAAAAUACAAUUCUGAUUCACAGAAAAUAGAUGGAUUUUCAAUAUCUUCUUUCUUGACACUAUUGGGUUGUAUAGCUGGUUGUUCCAUCAUAACUUCUGAAGGCCUUGGGAAUUACAGGGACGGUUAUCAUGCUAUCCACAAAAUGAUUGCAGGUUUUCAUGCAUCACAGUGUGGGUACUGCAUUCCAAGAUGGUGCAUGUCUCUUUAUGGUGCUCUUCAUCAGGCCGAAGCUAAAGGAGCACAUGAACUCAGACAGGGGUUUUCAAACCUUUCAGUUUUGGAAGCAAAAAAAUCUAUUGCAGGCAACUUGUGCAGGUGUACUGGCUACAGACCCAUUGCUGAUGUGUGUAAGAGUUUUGCAGAAGAGAUUGAUUUGGAAGACUUGGGUCUCAACUCCUUUUGGAAAAAGAAAGAAAUCCCGGACCCAAAUAAACUUCCUAAAUAUGAUCGAACUACAAUCCAAACAAACCCCAAAUUUUGUAGCCAAAAGUGUGAAGAAUCUGGAACUCCCACAUUGAAUUUCGCUUAUAAGGAUGAAUUUGAUGGAGAACAAUGCAUUUGGAUUAGACCAUCCAACUUGGAGGAGACUUUGGCAACUUUGAAAGAAACUGCCAAGGAAAAUGUUGAACUUAAUCUGGUUGUAGGUAAUACUAGUGUUGGGAUCUACAAAAAUGUAAGACCUAAAGUAUUUGUUGAUAUCAGUAAUAUUCCAGAGCUACAAAUUAUUUAUAGGCAUGAAUUUGGGAUUGAAAUUGGAGUAGCUGUAACCAUUGCCAAUCUCAUUGAAGUCCUAGAGGAUACCAAUGAUGUUUUGAAUCCUGGAAAACUAAUUUAUCCUAGAAAUUUAAUCUUUGAGAGCAUUGCUAAUCACAUAAAAAAGGUGGCCUCUGGAUUUAUUAGAAAUACAAGUAGCAUUGGUGGUAAUUUAAUUAUGGCCAAGGAAUUGUGA